AUGCAUGCCCUCCCUGUCCAUUUCUCUUCAGCCAUGCAUGCUAAUAUUUAUUUUUUGUUUUCUUUAGCUUGUUUCACUCUUCUUUUCAAUGCCCUUUAUGUGUCCGGUAUUGGGCCUCAGCCACAGAGUUUGUCUUUGAACUGUGGAUCAGAAAAUGGUGGCUCGGAUGGUGACGGGAGAAAAUGGGAAUCGGAUGUCAAAUACAUCACUGGAAAUCAUCCACACGCCAGAGCUCAAUACCAAGAUUCUUCAAUUGUUUCUGAGGUUCCAUACAUGGAUGCCAGGAUUUUCACAUCCGAAGCAACCUAUAACCUCCCUAUCACAGAGAAAACGCGUUAUUGGCUCAGACUCUCCUUUUAUCCUUCUGAAUAUUCUGGCCUCAAUAUAUCAGAUUCCUAUUUCUCGGUGGUAGCAGGAGGGAUUACUCUCCUGAACAAUUUCAGUGCUUCGAUUACAGCGCAGGCUCUCACUCAGGCUUACCUCAUUAAAGAGUAUUCUCUAGCUCCCAUGAAUUCUCAUAUUCUCAAUGUCACCUUUAAACCAGCAGAUAAGCCUGAGGCUUUUGCUUUUAUCAAUGCUAUAGAGUUGGUUCCAAUCCCUGAUCUCUUUGGAUCAGGGACAAUGGUGGGGUUUUCUGACCAAACUUUUGACGCCACGGAUGGAAAUUUGCAGACAAUGUAUAGAUUGAAUGUAGCAGGGCAGUAUAUUUCACCAGCCAAAGACUCCGGUAAUCUUACAAGAACCUGGUAUAAUGAUGCGCCAUAUUUAUUUAGUGCGGCAACUGGGGUUAAUUUGCAGAGUAAUGAAAGCUUUGAAGUCCGAUAUGGAGAAUUGGCAGAGUCUGUAGCACCACCUGAUGUUUACAGAACGGCAAGAAGUAUGGGAUAUUACAAGGACCUCAACAUGAAAUUCAAUUUGACAUGGCUGUUUCAGGCUGAUGCCAAUUUCACAUAUGUUGUGAGGCUGCAUUUCUGCGAGUUCCAAUUAAGCAAAGUCAAUCAGAAAGUCUUUAACAUUUACAUCAACAAUCAAACUGCCCAGGUUGAUCCUAAUGCAGCCGAUAUUAUUGGGUGGACAGGAGAAAAGGGAGUGCCAACAUAUAAAGACUACGCAGUUUUUGUCAAGGACAGGGAAGGCGAUGAAGAAAUUCGGGUGGACUUGCACCCAUCAACCUCUUCGAAACCUGAAUUUUAUGACGCGUCACUCAAUGGAAUAGAGAUAUUCAAGAUGAGUGACAGGAACAACAACUUGGCAGGUCAUAACCCUGUGUUAUCAGAAAUGCUUGCUAAUCACAUGGCUAAAGCUAGCCAUAAAGCAUUUAAGACAGACAGUAAAGCUGUGAUGGGAACUGUCGGUGGAUUUGGCGCUUUGUUGUUUGCUGUAGUUUGCGUUGCUGUUUACCAAAGGACUAAGAGAAUUCCUGGCUUUGAUUCACAUACAUCCACCUGGCUACCAGUCUAUGGAAAUUCCCAUACUGUAAGCAAAUCAACAAUCUCUGGCAAGAGUUCUCAAAGCAGUCACCUUUCAACACUGGCUCAAGGUCUUUGUCGCCAUUUCACGCUUCCAGAGAUGCAAAGGGCAACCAAGAAUUUUGAUGAGUCUAAUGUCAUUGGUGUUGGAGGCUUCGGUAAGGUGUAUAAAGGUGUUAUUGAUCAAGCAACCAAAGUGGCCAUUAAAAGAUCAAAUCCACAAUCAGAACAAGGAGUUAAUGAGUUCAUGACUGAGAUUGAGAUGCUUUCGAAGUUGAGACACAAGCAUUUGGUCUCAUUGAUCGGUUUCUGUGAUGAAGAUGGUGAGAUGUGCCUGGUUUAUGACUACAUGGCACUUGGAACUAUGAGGGAGCACCUUUACAAUACCAAGAAACCUCGUCUGUCAUGGAAGCAACGGUUGGAGGUUUGUAUUGGAGCAGCAAGGGGACUUCACUACCUUCACACUGGGGCUAAGUACACAAUCAUUCACAGGGAUGUCAAGAGCACAAACAUUCUGUUGGAUGAGAACUGGGUUGCCAAGGUUUCUGAUUUUGGGCUCUCGAAAACCGGUCCUGAUAUGGACAAGGGCCAUGUUAGUACUGUGGUCAAGGGCAGCUUCGGUUACUUGGAUCCUGAAUACUUUAGGAGGCAACAAUUGACUGAGAAAUCUGAUGUCUACUCAUUUGGAGUUGUCCUAUUCGAGGCUCUGUGUGGAAGGCCUGCUCUCAAUCCUAGCCUACCAAAAGAACAAGUUAGUCUCGCUGAUUGGGCUCUUCAUUGUCAAAAGAAAGGAAUUAUUGAGGACAUCAUUGAUCCUCACAUCAAGGGAAAAAUUACCCCUGAAUGCCUGAAGAAGUUCGCAGAGACAGCUGAUAAGUGCUUGGCUGAAUCAGGACCCGAACGCCCUAACAUGGGUGAUGUCCUAUGGAAUCUUGAAUUUGCCCUCCAAUUGCAGGACAACCCUGAAGGUUCAAAUGAUAGAUCACAAGGUGAGGGAAGUGAAACUUCUGAAGAAAGUAUAAGAAACCGCAACUUGGAAAUGCAUUAUAACAAUCUCAGCCUCGGAAGCAUUAGUGAAGUGAGUGGAGGAUCUGAAGACUCUGGCGAUAUCUUCUCUCAGAUUGUCAAUCCAAAAGGGCGAUGAACAUAACGUUCUUGGGAACCGCUCUGCUACCUCGAAUGGGGAUCAGUGGAGGCCAUGGAACUCAGGCAUGUAAAUCCAGUUUUCUUGGUCACUUAAGAGGGUGAUCAUUUUUUGUUCCCUAUUUAGUGGAUAUCCUCUACUUGUGUUUUAUUAGUAUUAUUACAUAAUCGCGAGGCUUGUUUAAAUUCAUAGCUCUUGUACUCUACAUAAAGGAUCAAGAA